GCGUGGCGCUGGCGGCCGGCGUGCCGGGAUCGCAGUGGUUCCUGCGUGCUAGUCUCGCUUGCCGAUGGCGGAAAUGGACCUGGCUGCAGACUUGCCGCCGCCCGAGGGUGCUGCGCGCUGGGCCGACGUUAUGGCUCGCUUUGCGGCCAGGCUGGGCGCGCAGGGCCGGCGGGUGGUGCUGGUCACGUCAGGAGGCACCAAGGUCCCCCUGGAAGCGCGAGCCGUGCGCUUUCUGGACAACUUCAGCAGCGGGCGACGCGGGGCGAAGUCAGUCGAGGUCUUCCUGGCUGCGGGUUACGGGGUCCUGUUCUUGUACCGAGCACGCUCGGCCUUCCCCUAUGCCCACCGCUUCCCGCCUCAGGCCUGGCUGUCGGCCCUGCGACCUUCUGGCCCAGCCCAAUCAGGGAAGCUGAGUCUGGAGGCCGAAGAGAACGCCCUCCCGGGCUUUGCUGCAGCAUUGCAGAGCUACCAAGAGGCAGCUGCUGCCGGCACCUUUCUGGCCGUAGAAUUCACCACUUUGGCGGACUACCUGCAUUUGCUGCAGGCUGCGGCCCAGGCACUCAACCCACUAGGCUCUUCUGCGAUGUUUUACCUGGCUGCGGCAGUGUCAGAUUUCUAUAUUCCUGUCUCCGAAAUGCCUGAACACAAGAUCCACUCAUCUGGUGGCCCACUGCAGAUAACAAUGAAGAUGGUGCCAAAAAUGCUUUCUCCUCUGGUUAAAGAUUGGGCUCCCAAAGCUUUUAUAGUUUCCUUUAAGCUGGAGACUGACCCCGCCAUCAUAAUUAAUCGUGCUCGGAAUGCCUUGGAAGUUUAUCAGCAUCAAGUGGUGGUGGCCAACAUCCUUGAGUCAAUACAGUCCUUUGUGGUCAUUGUAACCAAAGACUCAGAAACCAAGUUACUGCUGUCAGAGGAUGAAAUAGCAAAGGGCAUGGUGAUAGAAGAGAAGAUAGUAGAAGACCUUCGGUCGCGACACACAGCUUUUAUAUGUGACAAAACUGAAGGAGAUGGUCAUCUAGCAUCGAAAAUCAGGGUUCUUGACACUGACAAGAAGUAAAGUGAAUCCUUUGCCAAGGAUAAAGACAAUGAGGAGACAAUGUGCAGGCAAAUAACUUGGUGUUUUAUUUCUGACUGAACCACUGGCACACUCAUCUUGAUUUGGAAAUUGGACAAGAACUGUUUUUCACUUUUUACAGUGCUGAUUGGAAUUUCAUGUUCUGCAGAACAGAGAGGGGACUGAACCUAAAUGUCGGCCUACUAUACAAUGAAAGGAUUGUGGGUACAUGAAUGCUCAUGCUCUGAAGAUCAGAUAUUUGUCAAGUGCCUACCAUGUGCCAGGGUUUGUGAGCUGGGAGGGUUUAAAAGUUGAAUAAACACAUCUCAUUCGGGAACUGGAUGUACAAAAUUAAGUGCAAUAAAGUAUGUGCCCACAAACUA